GAGAUCAACACUAUGCGCUACUCACUUGCUGCUUAGUCUCGUGAAUGUAAUUCUUGGCACAAACUCGUGACGUGUUUACACAAAGAGAAAUCGACUUGGAAGCAAAUCGCAGGUUCUUAUCUCGAUUACCUUGAAGCACAGUUGUUGUGUUUAGAGUGUGUAACCCUUUCUACCAACCUUAGAAAUUGGGCUUUGAAGUUGGAACUAUCUUGGUGCUCCAAGUUCGCCUGGCUUUAUUACGACCAUGUCGUAUGCUGUGUCCCCUUCGAUGAGUGACGACGAGCGAGACAUAGAUAUCGAAAGUGAUGAAGAGGAUGGAGGUGGUUACUCCCGUGGCUCAGGCCAGUAUUCCCAACAGGUUGACAAGCGAGCACACCAUAAUGCCUUGGAGAGGAAGAGGAGAGACCAUAUCAAGGAUAGCUUCAGUGGACUUCGAGAUUCAGUUCCCUCUCUACAGGGAGAAAAAGCCAGCCGGGCUCAAAUACUGAAGAAGGCAGCAGAUUAUAUACAGUUCAUGAGGAGGAAAAAUGCUGCACACCAACAAGACAUUGAUGAUCUCAAACGGCAAAAUGAAGUCCUACAGACUCAAAUUCGCUCCUUGGAGAAAGCCAAAAUGCUUGGCGUGGGGGAAAUGCAUGCCCAAGCCGAGGCUGGAAAAUACCAGGAAGAUUCCGAAGGUUCUGAUAGAGAAAACAGCACCAAAGGCAAACGAGCCAACAAAAAGAUGAAAACUUCUGUCUGAUCUGGCUUAAAUUAUUGAUGUGCUUCAUAUCGACUAUUUGUGUUCUGUACCUUCUGCGACCUAGAAAUCGCCAUUUGUGUCGUGAGUCAUGAUUCGUCCGACUCCCUUUCGUACUUUUCCACCCCACCCAACCAUUGCUUCAAUUCACUCGAACGCCAAUAAGCUGUGAGUGAUAGUGGGGCUAAACUUGUUAUGUGCUUAGUUCGAGCCAAUAAAGACAAAAAAAUCCGUUAUAACUA